CAUCUGCUAGACAACACGUUCGCAAAAUCUCAUUUUUGGAAGCCUUGGAACUGCUUGGGACAGGUUUUCUUCGUGGAAGUUCUGGAUUUCUACGAACUGGUGGUGAUAUUCUGAAAGGAACCAGCUCAGUCAGCAGGGAUGUCAGAGUUGGAGUUACUCAGGCAUAUGUGGUGUUCAUUUCCACAUUAGGAGGAGAAUGGCUUGAGAGGAAUUUUUCUGCUUUGCUUUCCCAUAUUCUGGAUUUGGUCUCUCAGUCUCACCCUAAGGCUAUUCAGACACAAAUGGACAGUAUCUGUAGCCGCCGUUGUAUUUCAUUUAUCCUCCGAGCUACAGUAGGAGGCCUUCUCGGGGAAAAAGCUCGAAUUGCAACUGCCAAGGAAAUUUGUCAAGCCAUCUGGAAACUGAAGAAAGUUAUGGAUGCUGCAGUGAAUAACUGUAAUGUCGAAACCCAUAUUGGUACAACAGAGGUAAUAGCAAACCAGCAUAUGUUAAUAUGUGCUCUAGAAGAGCUUGGAAACCUCAUAUAUGGCUUAGGUACUACAGCUGCACCUGUUCUGCAAGAUUCUAGUACAGGAGUCCUGGAUGCAGUAAUCUCCAUUCUCCUUCAUCCCUGCAUUUCAGUUCAGCUAGCAGCAGCAUGGUGCUUACGAUGUAUUGCUGUAGCAUUACCCUGCUAUCUCUCUCCAUUUCUGGAUACCUGUAUUGAGCGCCUGACGGCAAUGAAAUCCUCCCCAGAAGCAGUGACUGGCUAUAGUUUUGCCAUUGCUGCUUUGUUAGGAGCUGUCAGGGAAUGCCCUUUAGGAAUUCCGCACGGUAAAGGGAAGGUUGUCAUGAUGGUAGCUGAGGAUCUUUUGCGUUCGGCUUCUCAGAAUAGUCGGAUUUCAGUACAAAGAAUGCAGUCAGGUUGGCUUUUGAUAGCUGCUUUAAUGACAUUAGGUCCUGCCGUGGUCCAGCAUCAUCUUCCUAGAGUGCUGAUGUUAUGGAAAUGUGCAUUUCCAGUAUCUCCUAAAGACUUAGAAAUUGAGAAGAACCGUGGUGAUUCAUUUACCUGGCAAGUGACACUGGAAAGCCGAGCAGGUGCUCUCUGUGACGAAGUGAUUCAAAGACUGCUUCCUCCUGUCCCCUGUGCUGUUGAUUUACUGACACGGCUUCCUUCACUGAAUAAAAUGUAUGGCAGUGCUUUAAAACUAUCAUCAGUGACAUAUAGGAAAAGACUUUAUGAACUCCUUGCUUUGUUGCCUCCCAAGAGUUAUGAAGGAAGUUUCUCUGCUGUUCUUAAAGAACUAGUGCAAGACUUGACUCAAUUUGAUAACCAGGCAGCUGCCUCUGCUGCGUAUCUUCCGCCCUUUUCCCACCACUGCGAACUUGCCUUAUUUGAUCCGUUACUGCGGGAGACAGAACACAGAUUUAUUGAAGAGCAGUUAUUCUUAGUUAACAAUACAGCUGGGGGAAGCUUGGAGUUUGACCCAUUUGCAAUCUAUGAGAAGACUGGGCAUGGAGAUUCAGUGCCUAAGCCUUUGUCUCCAACUUCAUCCAUUGUCAGUGCAGCAACCCGUCUUUUUGGAGUGAUAUUUUCACAAGUAACAGAGACACAAAGGCUGCAAGUGCUGGAACAGUUAUUGGCAUCCAUAAAACAAACCAAAGGAUCACGGCAACAGAUAAUACAGAAAAAUAUUAUAUCAGCAAUUUGCAGUGUCCUAAAGCACUUGGCUAGCCAUAAGGGAAAUUUAGGUUAUGAAGAAAUCCAAGGCUGCACCUUGAGCUUGAUCCUAAGUGCCUUGGAAAGUAACAGUCCCCUUCUAAGAUGUUCUGCUGCUGAAGCCUUAGCCAGACUCGCACAGGUGGUAGCUGAUACUACCUUCACUGCUGGAUUGGCACAAAUUAGCUUUGACAAGCUAAAAUCUGCAAGAGACGUGAUAUCAAGAACAGGACAUUCUUUGGCUCUGGGCUCUCUUUAUAAGUAUACGGGAGGAAUCAGUUCCACUCAUCAUCUUACUGCAUGUGUUGGAAUACUUUCUACUUUAUCUCAGGAUAACACGUCACCUGAAGUACAGACGUGGGCACUGCAUUCUCUGUCAAUGAUCAUUGAUUCUGCUGGUCCUUUAUAUCAUGUGCAUGUGGAACCUACCCUCUCUCUUGUUCUUAUGUUGUUGUUGACUGUGCCUCCUGCUUAUACUGAAGUCCAUCAAAGCCUUGGUCGCUGUUUAAAUGCACUUAUAGCCACUUUGGGUCCUGAGUUGCAAGGCAGCAGUGCUGCAGUCUCAGCCUUAAGGGCAUCCUGUCUCCUUGGCUGCGCAGUGAUGCAAGAUCAUCCUGACUGCCUCGUCCAGGCUCAAGCUAUCUCUUGCCUUCAGCAGCUUCACAUGUUUGCUCCUCAUCACGUAAACCUGUCUAGUCUUGUAAAGUGCCUUUGUGAGAUCUUGUUGGAAAAUUCUGUGUUGGUGAAUCUCUCUAGUUCAUAUCUAUUAUUGAGACGUGCAGUUCUAGCUUGUUUGCAUCAGCUUGUGCAGAGAGAGGCAGUUGAAGUAUCUGAACAUGCAGUGGCCCUCGCUAAAGACAGUAGAGAAGAAUUUACUCCAGUUGUUAAUAUAGGUGAAAUAGGCCUUGAAGGAGCUUUGCUGAGCUUGUUGGACAAAGAAUUGGACCCAAAACUGUGCCAAGAUAUCAGAGAAACUCUGACUCAUAUGCUUAUAUCAAUGGCUGUUGGAAAACUCUCCUUUUGGCUGAAACUCUGCAAAGAUGUUCUGGCUGCUUCUGCUGAUUUUACAACUGUAGCUUCAGUGGAUACAAGCCAAGAAGAAGAGGGUACUCUAGUAGAUGAUGAAUUGGCAUUAACGUUGGCAAAGAAGGAUAAAUUGCACCCAUUCCCACAUCCCCGAUGGUCUACUAGAGUUUUUGCUGCAGAAUGUGUUUGUAAAAUUAUCACCCAAUGUGAGAAUGCGGGCAGUGCUCAUUUUGACAUAGCUUUAGCACAGGAAAUGAAACAAAGGGACUCAAGAGAUGAUUUCUUGGUAUUAUAUUUAGCUGACUUAAUUCGUAUGGCUUUUAUGGCUGCCACUGAUCACAGCAACCAACUUCGUCUUUCCGGACUUCAGAUGUUGUUAAUUCUUAUUCGAAAAUUUGCUGCUGUAGUAGAGCCAGAAUUCCCAGGUCAUGUAAUACUGGAGCAAUACCAAGCCAAUGUUGGUGCCGCUCUUAGACCAGCGUUUACACCAGAAGCACCACCUGAUGUAACAGCAAAAGCAUGUCAGGUUUGCAGUGCUUGGAUAGCAAGUGGUGUAGUAAAUGAUCUUAAUGACCUUCAAAGAGUUCAUCAUUUGCUUGUGACAUCCUUGACAAAAGUACAGGCUGGAAAAGAAGCACAAAAUCAACUAUACAAUGAAGGGACAUCUACUAUGGAAAUACUCGCUGUACUAAAAGCUUGGGCAGAGGUUUAUAUAGUUGCCUUACAAAGACAAAAGAAACAAAAUUACCUCAAUAGUCCACCAUUGGUUAAAAACAUUUCAGAGGAAAGUUUCCGGGAUCCAUCCUCUUCAGUGGAUGAACUUCUGGAUUUAGUCCAAGUGGAUCUAGGGAAUCUGAGCAAACUCUGGCUUGCUGCACUUCAGGAUUUUGCUCUCUUAACUUUGCCUUCAGAAUUUGCUUCUCAACUUCCCUCUGAAGGUGGUGCUUUCUAUGCUGCAGAAACAAUUGAAAAUGCAAGGCCACAUUAUCAAAAUGCCUGGGCUCAGAUUCUUCAUGCUACUGCAUUAUGGCUUACUAGCACCGGUUUUCUAGUUGGUGAUUCAGAUGAAGGUCUAACUAAUCUUUCACGACCAGUUACUCCAACUAGUAUGUGUCAAGAUUCAACCUCUAGGGCCGCGGUAAAAUCACCUGAAGAUGUGAAUACUGAUAGAUUUCACCUUGUUCUGGGAAUUAGUGUGGAAUUUCUCUGUUCUCCCCGGUCAGAUGAAACGAUGGAGAACAUUACUGCUUGUCUAGAUGCCCUGCAAGUCCUGCUUGAGGUUUCCUGGCCAAGAGCUAAGAUUGGAAGUGAUCAGGAGCUGAGUGUGGAGUUGUUGAAUGUUUUACAUCGACUUAUACUGACCAGAGAGUCCCCAGACAUUCAACUUGCUGCUCUACAAGUCGUCCAGCAGAUUCUUUUUGCAACACAGGAGCACAUCAAGGAAAAACGGAGAAGUGCAGAAGUUGAUGAUGGGGCUGAAGAAAAGGAGACAUUGCCAGAGUUUGGAGAAGGCAAAGAUACAGGAGGACUUAUACCUGGAAAGUCUUUAGUCUUUGCAACACUGGAAAUGUGUGUGUGUAUUCUUGUAAGACAGCUACCUCAGCUAAACCUGAAGAUAACAGGUAGCCCUGGAAUUACAGCUGGAAAACCUCAAUUGUUAUCAGAAGACGGGAAUAGACUGGUAGCAGCAGCCCUGGGAAUCCUCUCUGGUGUUCCUGCAGUCUGUUCACCAGAAGGAAGCAUUGCUGUUCUUCCCACUAUCUUAUAUCUGAUUAUUGGAGUCCUCAGAGAAACUGCUGUGAAGUUGUCCAGUGGCCACUUACCCAUGACUGUUUCUGCAUCACUGCAAGCUCUUAAAGGAGUCCUAAUAUCACCCAUGGCUCAGGCAGAGAAGAGCCAAAUGGCUUGGAAUGAAUUGCUCCGUAGUGCUCUGGUCACCAUUCUUAAUUUUUGGGAUCAAGAUGAUACGGGUCAAGAAUUGGAUGAAAGUAGUCUGCUGACUGCAAUCACUGUAUUUAUUUUGUCUGCAAGUCCGGAAGUUAGCACCAUGGAAUGUCUUCAGAGACAGUGCGUUGAGAAAUUUAAAUCAGCAAUGGAAUCUAAAGAUCCCACUGUGCAACUUAAAUGCUACCAGCUGCUGCUUUCCAUUUUCCAGUGUCCCAACCAAGCUGUCUCAUAUCCUUACAUUCAUUCAUUAGUAUCUUCAGUGGUGGCCAAACUACAGGAAACAGAAAAAAUUAAACCAGAGAAUUCUGCCGAACUUCAAGUUGUGCAAGAAGGAAUAAAGGUAGUGGCUGCUGUUGUAGCCCUUGCUGAGGAGGAGCAUCGAAGUCAACUAGUGGCUUGUUUUAUUCCCAUCCUCAUAUCUUUUCUUUUGGAUGAAAAUGCCCUAGGAUCCAUUUCAAGUUCAGCAAAGUAUCUUCAUGAGUUUGCUUUGAGUUACCUGAUGCAGAUUGGUCCACAGUAUACGUCAGCCUUUAAAAAAUUAAUGGCUUCUUCCCCAUCAAUGAAAGCAAGACUUGAGUCAGCCGUGAAAGGAAAUCAAGAAAGCAUCAAGGAUAAGGCAACACCUAAGCAUCCAAAGAAUCCUGUGAAAGGCUCAAGUAUUCAACUAAAGACUAACUUUCUGUGAAAAGGACCUCACCUUAAACCUUAAACAUCCUGGUUAUAUUGAAAAGUGUUUUUUUUUCAGGUAUUAUCAUGGAGAUUUUUGUUCUCAGUUCUAUUAUGCAUUAUUUAAUUUUGUAUAAUGCUCCAAUUCCAGAGAAGUGCAUGCAUGCACCCAUCUAUCUAUCUCUCAGCUGACUGACUCAGUAGCAGCUACUGAACUAAAGCUAUAUAGUACCAGUUGCAAGAUCUGUUUGCAAAUACAAUUCCCAAUAAGAGGCCCAUUCAAUUGUUAAAAUAUAUAUUACAAGAUUUUUUUAAAGUUGCAAUUUUAUUUGGAAUAUACUAUAACACUCUUGAAUAAAAUAUAGUGAAGACUUAAUGUGUUAACAACUUGAUACACUUAUAUUAAUAAAGUUACUUUUAUUUUAGUCUUGAAUCUUAGCACAAACGUCAACCUAAGGAAGCUCCUAUCCAUUGCUAUUUCUUGAUAAUACAAGUUUAAAACCACAAU